AUGUCAGAAUUAAAAGUAAGUCCACGCAAGAGGCCCCAUGAGGGAAAGAAUAAGCCGUUUUUGAACGAAACAGCGACCAGCACACGGGAGAUGAAGCCAACUAUCUUCAGAAAACUGUAUCAGAGGGGUGACCUGCCCAUUGCUAUGGAGCACUACGGCAUGGGCAACAAAAUAUUUUGGAAGAAAGAAAUCGAGAAGUUGGAUUAUCACCACUAUCUUCCCCUAUUCUUCGAGGGACUUCGAGAAACUGAGCAUCCUUUUGACUUCUUCGCCAGCCGUGGCAUCAAUGACAUGUUGGAACAUGGCGGUCAAAAGAUACUUCCCGUUAUCCCUCAGCUCAUCAUACCCAUCAAAGAUGCUUUGAACACGAGAGAUAGGCGGGUCAUCUGUAGCACAUUGAAGGCCCUCCAGAAACUGGCAGUCUCUGGCGAGUUUGUCGGCGAGGCUUUGGUGCCGUAUUACCGUCAAAUCUUACCUGUACUCAACAUCUUCCGAGGAAACAAUUUCAAUUCUGGUGAUGGGAUCGAAUACGGACAGCAGAAGGGCUUCAACGUGGGCGACGUGAUCCAGGAGACCUUGGAAGUCCUCGAGAGACACGGAGGAGCAGAAGCAUUCGUCAACAUCAAGCUCAUGGUCCCAACUUACCAGUCCUGCAUGACCGUUCAGGAGUGA